AUGCAGAAUCUUUUUCCUCUCUUUCUUCCUUUAAAUCAGGAAGAGCGUCCUUCAACUCCAGCGGUGUUGAACGUUACAAGGGUUUUAUACAACCAAAUUUUGAAACUUCUGCAGCAUGCCCAAAACUCUCUGCUUGAAGAUGCUGAAGAGGAGACUAUUGGUAAAGAUGAUGUAGAGGAGGAGAAGAUCUUUGAUGACAGAGAAAGUGAAAGAGAAGUGUAUCUUCCAGAAGAUUUGCUUGUGGAGAUAUUAUCUAGGGUUCCGGAGGCUUCACUGGCACGGUUCCGAUCUACCUCAAAAGGGUGGAAUGCUCUUAUAAAAAAAGAUGGGAGUCUUGCUAAGAACUCUCUUUUUGUCAUGUUAAUUUAUCAUAAGGUCUAUUUAGUUAAGCUUAAUGUCCACGGCAUCCACAACAACAACUUUGAAAAAGUAAUAAGUCAGUUCAGCCUCUGUGACCCUCUUUCAACUUCUUCUAUGAAAGAAGUCGGUAUACGCAGCGUCUUUCACUGCGAUGGCCUAUUGCUAUGCACCACCAUGGACAAUACAUUGGUCGUUUGGAAUCCAUGUUCAGGGGAAACCAGUAGGAUUAUCAAACCAAGAAAUAUUCACAAUGGUUCUGAUACCUACGCUCUCGGUAAAUCCACAUGCAACAACGAGUACAAAAUCUUGAGGGUGCAUCAUCAUGGAUAUGGUUGCCGGCCUCUACGCCUUGUUGAGUACGAAAUCUACGACUUCACAGCUAAUUCGUGGAGUGUUGUUGGUGAGGCUAGAGACUGGUUCAUUGCAGAGCGACAGGGCACGUGUGUGGAUGGAAAUACUUACUGGCUUACUUCUACUUAUUCUCCAACGGAGAUGAAGAGUGCCUUACGAUGUUUUGAUUAUUCAACAGAGAGGUUUGGAUGUGUGUCUCUUCCGGUUGAUCCUCUUUCUUAUAAUGUUUAUGGUUUAUCAGUGACUAGAGAAGAGCAAAAUCUUUGUCUCUUAACUUCUCGUAAGGUGGUACACGAUAUAGAUGUAUGGAUGGCAACUAAGGUCAAAGGUACCGGAGACAUGUCAUGGAGUAAACUCCUAACAGUGAAACGAAUCCAUUCACAGCAGUUUAUUGCGUUUCAUGUCGGGAUGAGUUUCUCUGUGGAUCGGGUGUCUAAAGUUUUACUGCAUCCCACUAAAUUUAAGAACUCUAGCAACUGCUUACACAUUGUGGGAGAGAAUUAUGAACACAUAAAAGUGGACCUUCGUGAUGUUGAAUCUAAACGCUCAAAUCAUGUCAAGCGUGCUCCAACUUUGGUUCAAAUCCAACAAGGUUCUUUGGGGCUAGGCACAUGGAAAGUAGCACCAGCCACCAAGUUUUCAUGAUAUUGCAAGUCUCUUUAUUAAAAUGAUAAGCAAGUCUUGUCCUUAGAAAUCAACAAUAUAUA